GAAGGCCUGGUGUAUAAAAACAGAACCUUGAGUUCUGCUUCAGGAUGAGCAGGUCUUUCCAUUAGUACGCCAGCUAAUUAUAAAGCUCAUCGGUUAAGAUUGAAAUCUGACUUCAGAAUGGCAGCAAAGAAAGUGUUGCUUGUGUAUGCCCACCAGAGCUCUGGGUCAUUCAACGCUGCUGCCAAAGAUGCUGCAGUGGAAGUUUUAGCAGCUCAGGGCUGCACAGUUGAAGUAUCUGACCUGUAUGCCAUGAAGUUUAAAGCCACUGCUACUGCUGAGGACAUCAUUGGAGAAGUUAAGAAUUGUGAUCACUUCCGUUAUGCAGAGGAGACCAAACUGGCAUGGGAGGCAGGAAAACUGUCUACUGACAUCACCGAAGAACAACGCAAACUCACUGAGACAGACCUUGUCAUCUUUCAGUUCCCCAUGUACUGGUUCACUGUCCCUGCAAUCAUGAAGGGCUGGAUUGACCGGGUUCUCACACUGGGGUUUGCUUUCUCACAAGAGAAGCGAUACAGCCAGGGUAUCUUCAAGGAAAAGAAAGCUAUACUGUCCUUCACAACUGGGUCUCAAGAGUCCAUGUUCAGUGCAAAUGGUAUUAAUGGAGACAUGAAUGUCACACUAUGGCCACUACAGAAUGGCAUCCUGCACUACUGUGGCUUCCAAGUUUUGGCCCCUCAGAUUUUCUGGGCUCCGUCUCACGCUCCCGCUGAGGUACGCAGCACCAUGCUGGAGGGCUGGCGUACACGACUGCAAGGCCUCCUAGGAGAGGAACCACUUUCCUUCACUCCCUUGGACUGCUUCGAUGGGGAGAAGGGUUUCCAGCUGAAGCCCGAGGUCUGUGAAAAACAUGCCACCAAGGAGUUCGGCCUGACAGUGGGGAUCCACCUGGGCAAGCCACUACCACCCAACAACCAGAUGAAAGCCGGAGUCUAAAGACUGCAGGAACUCAUUGCAUGUCAUGCCUGUCUUUUAUUGUCUGGAGAAAUAAAAGCUGAGAGAUUAAUAAAAAAAUAAAUCUGUUACUUUA